UGAACCUGUAAAUAUUCAGCUCUGCAAAAUUCCCACUGUUUUUCACUUCCGCAAAAGUUACGAGCAGAAACCCAAGCUAUGGCACCCAAGAAGGCAUCUUCUAUACCUUCGCCACCCCCGAUUCCAAUAGGAAAUUGCCAUGUGCGGGUCGAAGCCAAAAACUUUGCAUCCGAGUCGACUGAAAACAGCCUCCGAAUCACUUUCUCGAAAGAUGCCAAUAUCAAAAUUUCAGUCAUGGAGAACAGGAAUUGCGAAAUUGUGAAUUUUGGUCCUCAGGGUUCUGAGAAUGAGGAAAAUGGAUUAGGUAAUUACUGUUUUGAGCUCAUUAAUCCCAAGGAUGCAGAUGGUAAAACCAAGUGUUUGGUUCAGGAUGUGCUAAACAUUUAUGUUAAGGAACUGCCAGCAAUGAAAUAUGCUGCAAACACUGGAAAGCAAUCAUUGUUCCUUGAUAAAUGUGUAUCAAGUGGGAAAUACUGCACUUUGAUUUUGAGGAUUAAACAGGGUGAACACCAUGGAGAGGUUGUUGCAGCAACUACUUAUCAGUUAAUCUCUGCUGACACACAGUAUGCUGAGAUUCCUCUUGCAGCUGUUAGAUCACAAUAUCAACACAAGGGUAUAGGUCGUAUAUUAUACAUGGAACUGAGAAGGAGAUUGCAGAAUGUGGGUAUUAGGACAGUGUUUUGUUGGGGAGAUAAGGAGUCCGAAGGAUUUUGGCUUAAGCAGGGAUUUGUAGUAAUUGGUCAGGUAGAUGCAAAAGGCAAAGCUCGUAGGCUUCCUAUAAGGACUGAUAUCCGUAGAGCGUUGUGUUUUCCUGGUGGCUCAACUCUCUUGGUUUCUCAUCUUAACAAGGAAAGUUUAACAAAUUCCCCAGAGAAUCUAAUGAUGACAGUAGCACCAAAUUCUCCAGAUAAACAUUGUUCAUACCCUAUCUCUCAGAAACGAGAUAAAAGUGUACCAGAAGGGAAUCACUUUUCCAAUGGAGUAAAUCAACAUAUCAGCACAGAUGAUACUCAACAUUAUGACACAGCGGAAACUAUAAAUUGUGGAUAUGAUGCCAACUGUGCAGGAGUAAAUGAAUGUGAACUUGAACCUUAUCCGGAACUAUGUUCAUGUUCGGCACCAGGAACAAAAAAAAGGAUGUGGGAAGCCUCACUUACCUCUUUGAACUCAAAAAAAGUGAAGGGAGGCUAUGUAGCUGAUUGCCACUUACAUUCUAACAACUUCCUUUUAGAAAACAAUGGAAAGACGACUAUGCAUAAAAACGGUGGUUCCUUGGCAGCUUCUGAAAGUGCAUUUCUAGGGCAUGAUCAUCAUAAAGAUCCUUUAACAUGCAGCUCCAAGUAUUAUGAAGAAUACAGAGCACUUGAUGUGACAUCCAAAAGUAAUAGCAACCUGGGCAUUCCUCCCUUGGGAAAACACUUCAGAAUUAUGCUGAUGAAUAUAGCUGAUGAUAAUAAGAAAGCACAUCUAACUAAGAUAAUUGAAGACCUUGGUGGACUUGUUACUUCUGAUGGAAGUGAAUGUACGCAUGUGGUAACAGGGAAAGUAAGGAAAACGCUGAAUUUUUGCAAAGCUUUAUGCUCAGGGUCUUGGAUAAUAUCACCCAGUUGGUUGAAAGAAAGCUUUCGGAAAGGCAGAUUCGUGGAUGAAAUGCCUUUCAUUUUGAAGGAUGAAGACUAUGAACUCAAGUACACAACUGAGCUAAAAUCUGCAGUUCUUAGGGCUAAAGCACGCCCUCAAAGUUUACUUAAUGGUUAUGACAUAUGCCUUGCAGCUCAUGUUCAACCUCCUGCCAGUAUGUUAUCUGCAAUUGUGAAAUCUGCCGGAGGGAAUGUUCUUGGUGGAUUGGAGGAGGUGAAUGAUGCGAAGAAAACCGUGUUUGUGGCAUGCGAGGAGGACACGGAUGAAGCACUGUCAGCUGCAGAGAAAGGGAUAAGGACAUUCAGUAGUGAGUGGUUCAUGAACUGCAUCAUGAAACAACAACUUGAUCUUGGAGCCUCUCAGUUUGCAGAGAGCCUCUGAUUCAUGUGCUAACACGUAAUUAUUAGGUGAAAAUUCUUAAUAGAGUACUUUAGCUGAGCAAAAGAAUUUGGUGGAUUAGGUUUAAAGUAAAGAUUGCGGACAUAAGAGUCAAGGGUUGUUGGUUUAUGGUAGAAUGGAGCCACUGUAUUUGCACAACGAUUUUGUUGAGUGGUUUUCAAGACUUAGCCAAUUGCCAUGUUCUUUACA